GCUGACGUCAGUCGUUGGAAACGUCAAGGUAAAGCAACACUACGCCACCAUACCAGUGCAAUUAGAGUCGAGACCGAAGUACACGUUUGUCCAGUCAACUUGCGUUCGCGAAGAAGCAGCAGGGGCUUCUGGUGACAAUGCAGCAGCGAAGGCCAGCCCACCAAAUAAUAGACGGAGUUCCGAGAUGUACAGGCCUCAAUGCAGACAGGUUGAGAGAAAAUCUCAAGUUCAGAGCGAAGAAAGGAGACGUCGUGCAAGUAACGUUUCCGAAGAGUGGGACGCAUUGGUUGAUGUACAUAACGCACCUUAUACUCAGGGAGGGACAACCGAUGACCACGUACGAAGAGUUCGCCAAGGAAUGGCGCUUCGUGGAGUACAUGGACAUCAAGGACUGGACCUCGUCUCUACCACUGAGAACAUUUGCUACUCACUUGGCGUUGGACAAGCGUUCGAUGACCGAAGAAGGCAAGUACGUCUACCUCGCCCGCAAUCCGUGGGACGUCUGCGUCUCCUUCUACCACAUGGCGACCAACAUCAGCUCCUACGAAUUCCAGGACGGGACAUUUGAAGAUCUAGUCGACGCUUUCGUAAGUGGCAACUUCGGUUACGGCGACUAUUUCGAACACGUGGCCGCGGGUUACGCUCUCAGGGAGCAGCCGAACGUGUUCUUCGCGACUUACGAGGAACUCAAGAAGAACACCAGCGAGGUCGUGCUGAGGCUGGCGUAUUUUUUGGGAGACCAGUAUGGCCGUGCUUUGGAGGAGGACGAAGCGUCGCUCCAAAAAUUGCUGGAGAGAUCGCAGCCUGAUUACAUGCGUAACGUGGUGGUCCUUGACUUGAGCGGUAAAGGCAACCCUCAGUGGGACGAGGUGAUUUCUAGUAAGAAGGUCACAUGCAACGAAGGUCAUGAAGGAGACAAGAACAAGUACUCGUACGUGCGAAGAGGCAAAGUAGGAAGCUGGAAGGAUUACUUCACGCCGGACCUGCUCCGAAGGAUGGAGAAUCGGAUUCUGGAGGCUGAGAGGGAGUCCUCGUUCAUGGACCUUUGGAAGGACAUCCGAGCUGAAGCAAUUAGAACCAUGCAGAAUUCCGAAUAAUUGGUUCUACUCGCAUUCUGCCGCUCUUAGCAUAGCUUCUUUUUUUUUCUAUACGCUCGCGCGGUAGAUUAUGAAUAAGCGGACCAACCAGCUCUCCAAUGGUGUCAAUGGAAUAAAUUUUAUUGUGGACGACCAAGCU